AUUUUUGUUUCUUUUCUUUGUGUUCUCACUAAAAAGUAAAUCCAAACAAUAGACUUGUGUAAAAGACCGCCGGACACAAUUCCACGUUCACUUUGACUCACUCUCCGAUUCCCCAACUCGCCAGUGCCAUGCGGUGGCCGGCGAAGAACGCCGGCCUGGGCAUAGCCGCCAUGUCCUACAUCGCCGUCGACUACCUCCGCCACCUUUCCCCGGCGUGGCACUCGCGUCUGCAACCGGCUCUGUGGUCCCUCCUCGCCCUCGCCGCCGUGCUCCGCGUCCCCUCCUACCGCCACUGGUCCGCCGAGUUCCGCUCGGUGAUUCCGUUCGUCGCCUCCAUGCUCUUCAUGCUCGGCGCUUUCCUCUUCGAAGCCCUCUCCGUCCGCUCCGUCACCGCCGUCCUCGGCCUCGACUGGCACCGGGAUACACGUCCUCUUCCAGAUACGGGUCAAUGGUUGCUCCUGGCGUUAAAUGAGAAACUUCCUAGUCCAAUUGUUGAGAUAUUAAGAGCUCGAAUCAUUGGACUGCACCAUUUCUUGAUGUUGUUCAUGAUGCUGGCAUUCUCUGUGUUAUUUGAUUCUGUAAAAGCUCCGGGGCUUGGACUUGGUGCUAGGUACAUGUUUACCAUGGCAAUUGGCCGCCUUCUUCGUUCCAUAACUUUUGCAUCUACAAUUCUGCCAUCAGCCCGUCCUUGGUGUGCUGGUUCUCGGUUCAGAGUUCCUGGAUAUCCUCACCCAUGGGCUCAGAAAUAUUAUGUUCCCUAUGCUUCAGACCAUGAUGCUAUCAACCAGUUGAUAAAGCUAGAUACAGCUUAUGUUGACAUUGGAAAACCAAUUGGUGACUACCAGCCAGAUUGGGGUUUGAUGAGCUUUCUGGUUGAUUUUCUGCGGCCCACUGUGUCUGAAGGACCUUCAUGGUUCAGUCUGUUAAAGAAAGCUGGAGGUGGCUGCAAUGACCUCCUAUACAGUGGCCACAUGCUCGUUGCUGUACUCACAGCCAUGGCUUGGACGGAAGCCUAUGGAGGUUUCAGUUCUGCUCUUGUAUGGCUUCUUGUGUUGCACAGUACCCAAAGGGAAAUACGAGAACGUCAUCAUUACUCUGUAGACUGCAUUGUAGCCAUCUAUGUGGGGAUCCUCUUGUGGAAGAUGACAGGUUUUAUCUGGUCACAUCCUACAUCUGGUAAUAGGAGGCUGAGUAAGCUUGAUAAGAUUCAAAGCAGACUAAUCCAAGCUGCAAAAGACUCUGACAUUGGUCAAGUGAGGGAGCUUCUCAAAGACAUUGAGUUAAGCAGUGAAGAGAGCAAGAAUCCGACUGCAAUUAAAUAUACACGGUUGUUUCGUGGUGCCACCAUUUUCUUUGCACUCACCAUUGUUGUUCUGGCUUUCACAUUGACAAGUGAUGGAUGAUCUUCUGGCGACCCAAAUUUUUUAGAAUGCCACACAUGGUUUUAAACUUUCAAGUUAUUUUGCACGUAUUCUGGUGUUCUCAGUUGUAGUUUUGGACUCCCACAAUUAUGUACAUCACCUGAUGAGGCUACCGGCAAAUACCCCAUAAGUGAGGAUUUAGUGUUCUGUAUUAUGACUGCUUUUGAUAAUUGUCAUCAUGUUGUACCACUAGACAUGUAUGUUUCUUGUGUGAAUGAAUUGUAUCAUUGUAAAGAAUUGUCCACUUACCAUGGAUGGAAAUCAAAAAUUGCAACAUUACUUGUGUUUGCUAAUGUGCAGAACGAGUAUUCAUUUA